CUUCUAAGGUACAGUAUCCACACCAGACACAGAGCUAGGAAGCCAUAACGCGUUCGCUGCACCUUGCUCCAAGUUAUCCGGACAUAGGGUUGAGACUGUUCUGCCCUCAGCAUCGUCUUUGCUUAGUUUAGUAUCAGAAACCGCAACGACGUCAGCCAAUCCCUGACGUAGAAUAGCAGCGAGCCGCAAUGACAGCGCCAGCCACGAACCCUAAGAAGGAGUCCAAGAAGCCCAAGUAUUCGCGCUUCACGCAGCAGGAGCUGCCGGCGUGCAAGCCGCUGCUGACGCCAGCAUGGGUGAUCGGCACGCUCUUCCUCGUCGGCGCCGCCUUCAUCCCCAUCGGCGUCGUCGCGCUCAUGGCGUCUAACAGCGUGGUGGAGGUGGUGCAGCGCUACGACGACCGCUGCGUGCCGUCCGCGUCGGCCAACGACGCCGUGGCGUACAUCCAGAACCCCGCCACCGUCAAGAAGUGCGACAUCCAGAUCACCGUGCCCAAAACCAUGCAGCCGCCCGUGUUCGUGUACUACCAGCUCACUAACUUCUACCAGAACCACCGCCGGUAUGUGAAGAGCCGCAGUGACAGCCAGCUGCGAGGCAACAACAUCAGCGGCAGCGAAUUUGACGUGUGCCAGCCAGAGGCGUACCUGUGGGACAACGGCACGUCCCCCAUCCGGCCGUGCGGGCUGAUCGCCUGGUCGCUCUUCAACGACACGUACUCCAUCACCCAGGCGGGCAGCGGGCAGCAGGUGGCCAUCGACAGCAGCAACAUCGCGUGGCCCAGCGACCAGAACGGCAAGUUCGCUGGCGUGCCGCCAGAGAACUUCAACACGGUGGAUCAGCUCAGGGGCGGGGCUCAACUCAACACGCUUCUGAACCAGUCGGAGAAUCUGAUGGUGUGGAUGCGCACGGCUGCGCUGCCCACCUUCCGCAAGCUCUAUGGCCGCAUCAACACGCCUCUGGAGGCAGGCAGCACGCUGUCAGUGGUGCUGCAGAACAACUACAACUCGUACCAGUAUGGCGGGGAGAAGGCCCUCGUGCUCUCCACAGCCAGCUGGCUCGGCGGUGCCAAUGGCUUCUUAGGCCUCGCGUACCUGACUGUGGGGGGUCUCUGUUUCCUCCUCGGGUUGCUCUUCUUUGUCCUCCUCUUCACUAAUCCCAGGCCAUUGGGCGAUACCUCAUAUCUCUCAUGGAAUCGUCAGGCUCAUCAUGUGCCUCCACCCACUGCCAUUGCCGGCAGUGCUGCUGUGGAUGGCACACAAUAAGUGAGGUAGUGCUAUGGCUGUUUUGUCUUUUCUAUAUGGUUGCUAUCAGGGCUGACGUUUCAAAAAAACCCUCUGAUUUUAGCCCCAAAUUUUUUUCCCAAGUCUGAGUAGUCAGGUUUCAGUUUUCCUGGUAGUCUGAUUUCUCAGGAUCCAGUAACUUUCAAGUCUGAUUUCUUUAUCAGAAAUUAGAAUUGAAUAAUGGUAAUGUGAGAGUACACACAAAUAUAUCUAAGUUUUGUAU